CUGGAAGAUAAAGGCCAAACUUUCCUUCACAAAUGAAAAGGCAAAAGUGGUCCCUUUCACAAGUGGCAGUGGAAAAAUAUGCAGGGUAGUUUUAGAGGACAAAACUUCAAAAAUUGCAGGCAUUGCCUUCGGCGGUCUGGCAGAAUAUGUUGCAUCAAAAGUGACACAUAAUAGGGAAUAUUAUAUAACAGGUGCCAAAAUUAAGAAUGUCUACAAAACAAACAAUGUGGGACAUGGAUAUGAGCUUCACUUUGAAGAAGGCACCGAAUUUCAAGAUGCAUCAAAUGGAAAAAUCAUUUGUCUUGAUACAAAAACUGUCCAAAGUUGUGAAAAGAAAGACAGUAAAGCAGGGACUAGCAGUGGUACAAGCAGAAAUAGAGGUGUGAAUCUGAAACCCACACGUCUGAUGGAGGUUCAGCAGGCCUCUCAGAAUUUAUCCAAUGCCCAGAAAUUUGAUAUAUUGGCAAUCUUGAAAAAGACUAAAAAACUAGAGCCAAAGCAAAAUGGGAUGAUGAAGAGAUUUUACAGACCCUGAGACGUGCUACUACCCCACACGCUCGCUGCACGAACGGUACACGAACGCUACACGGUUUGCACGAAACGCUGCACGGUUUACACGAAACGCUACACGGUUUGCACGAAACGCUACACGGUUUACACGAAACGCUUUGCACGAAAGGCUGCACGGUUUACACGAAAGGCUGCACGAAACGCUUUGUACACGUUUCUCACACGCUUUGUGCACGAU